AUGCCGUCAUCUUUCACUUUUGUCAAUGUCAGCAAUGCACCUGGGCUAGGUCCGCAAGAGGCCAAGCAAAUGAGAGGCCAUGUCACCAAAGCGAAUUUUGCCAAACGUAGACAGAGAUUGGCUAAGGCUUUCAGAGAUAAAUCAGUUACUCCUACGGAUCCGGUCUGCCCAAAUCAUGAAGGCCGUAUGGUGUCAUACUCAAAAGAAUGUUUCUCUACUCUUGACCCAAACUGCGACAAGCUCCUAACAGUGGAUUCUACAUUUUCUUCAAUCGGCUUUCUACUCUCCAAGUUCCGCGCUUUUAGCUUCGGUGAAGAUGAUAUAGGAGGCUCCAGCCGAGAAGCAGAAUGGGUCAACCUGGUCCGAUCCGAGCCAGCACUUGUAGAAGCAUCGGUUUCAAUUGCCCUCCAACAUUGUCACGGAGACACCAAUAGCAAAAACCUACAACGAGCAGUCCUGCAUAAGGGUCGUGCAAUACAGAUGAUAAAUCGAAAGCUGGGCACGCCGAGUGGUUUGGAUGACGGUCUGCUAAGUGCAGUUUUCACGCUUACAUAUGCUGAGCUACGUGAAAGUGAUAUGGAGGCGAGGAGUAUCCAUAUGCGAGGACUGGCUCAGAUGAUUCGCCUAAGACAAUCAUCUCGUAAUGCACCUUUAGCCUCGUGGUUCCGUGACUUCCUUCUUUAG